GCGUUUCCCUCAUAGCACCGCAUUCCGAGCAGAACAUAUCGAGCUACUGAUUCAUCGAGGCCAGCGCAAUGACGGGACACGAGGAGAGCACAAAGUUUGAUGUCUGCGCUACCUACCAGCGUAUCAUCCAGAAUGCAGAACUAUCACCGCCACUUGCCGCCAUCCUGACACUGACAGAGUCGAUAGUCAAGUCAAAUGCCGGUACCAUGUUCGAACUUGUCCAGGCGUUGAACGACGAUGCCGAGGUCUUGAAGAAGCAGAUCCCGAAUUCGAUCAGCCUGAAUGCAGGCUGCGAAUUGUUCAUCGCCUUCGUGACGUUGUUCCCGCAUGAGUCCGAUAGCUUUGCAGAACUCAAGACCGAGUUGGUACAACAGGGUCAAAAAUACGCAGCGGAAGCGAUCUCCUUCCGUGAUAAAAUAGCUGAAGCGACGCUCGGCUUCAUUAAAGAUGAUUCGGUGAUACUCACCCACUCCUACUCACGAGUGGUCAUGAAAGCCUUGCUUCACGCUCAUAAAACGAAGCGCAUUUCCGUUUUUGUAACGGAGGCGAGACCUCGCGGGCUCGGGCUCAAGACGCACGAGGCACUAGCGGCGGCUGGUAUCCCAUGCACGGUCGUCCUAGACUCCGCCGUCGCAUACGUCAUGGACCGUGUCGACUUCAUCAUGGUGGGAUCUGAAGCAGUCGUCGAGAGCGGCGGCUUGAUCAACGCAGUGGGAAGCAAUCAAAUGGCCAUCAUAGCGAAGGCGGCUAGCAAGCCGUUCUAUGCGCUGGCUGAAAGUUACAAAUUUCACCGACUCUUCCCACUAUCGCAAUAUGAUCUUCCGACGCACAACCCGACGAUACUGUCUUUUGCGACGCUACAGCAGCGCCCCACGCCGCCAGAUAAAGUUUCGCACGGUGCAGCUGCUAGUGGUCAAACCCUUGCCCGAGAUGGCACUUCGGAGACCACGAUCGUUCCUCCUCCUACGGAAAUGAAGAUGACCACGGAACAAAUGACGCGUAAUCCCAGCGUGGAUUACACUAGACCGGACUUGAUAUCCCUUGUGUUCUCAGACGUCGGCAUAUUGACGCCGGAAGGAGUGAGCCAGUACCUAGUCGGAAUGUUUGCUGGGUAAUCAGUAUGUACCACUACUACCAUUCCUGUCGAGGCUCCGGACCCACUAGUGUCAGCCUUGGUCUUCUAAACAGGCAAUGCUGCACAGACCGACACCGACGCACGCAUUAUCGUCAACACGUGAAAGAUCGUCAAGUUCCGACUAAGCCACGCCCGUCAAGGGGCGUGCCAACCACAUUGAUAGGGAUGUUUUUACCUAUUACCUGAGGUGCCCGUCCGCAGCUGGAAUUCAGCCUUGGCUCCAUAUAGCAUGCGUCGCUCGCCCUCGUGUAUUCUACUUCGGAUAUGAUAUCGAUGAAAUCUACGAUGUUCCUCUCGA